AGCCAAUUUGCCUAACUUCAUUUGAGUUCCUUCCUUAAAGCUUGUUCUUUACAACUCAAGUCUCUUUCUUUCUCCCUUGAAAGUGCAAUUUUUGUCAUUUCUCAUUCUUUGCCUCAAAUUUUGUUCAAGUUUUAGCUGAUAGAUUCCAUGGAAUUCAAUGGGGUUUUCAUUGUAAUGAUUUGGAUUGUAGCCACUUUGUUGGUGGAAAAUUCAAGCAAUGUAAAUGGAAGAUACCAUUUUCAUAAGGGAAAAAAGGAAGAGAAGCCCAAUGAAGAUUCCCCUGUUUUUUCACCACCACCAGAGAAGGCUGUUCCUUCAAGUCCAGCUGAGCCAGUUCCUUCAGUUCCAUCUGAUCCUUAUCCUAAUGAACCUGGAAAUUCAAGUUCUGAUUGUGUGUUUGAUGUUACUGAUUUUGGAGCUGUUGGAGAUGGCUGUGCUGAUGACACUGCUGCCUUUAAGGCAGCAUGGAAAGCAGCUUGUGCUGUAGAAUCUGCUACUCUUUUAGUUCCUUCUGGUCUUUGCUUUAAAAUUACUUCAACUAUCUUCUCUGGACCUUGCAAACCAGGACUUGUGUUUAAGGUGGAUGGGACCUUGAUGCCACCGGAAGGACCGGAGUCGUGGCCGAAGGCGGAUAGUCCGAGGCAAUGGCUUGUGUUUUACAGGCUGGAUCAAAUGACAUUGACUGGAACUGGAACUAUUGAAGGGAAUGGUCAGAAAUGGUGGGAAUUGCCAUGCAAACCACACAGGGGUCCAAAUGGGUCAACUCUCCCAGGACCAUGUGACAGCCCUGCGUUGAUAAGAUUCUUCAUGAGCAGUAAUUUGGCAGUGAAUAGCUUGAGAAUCCAAAACAGUCCAAUGUUCCAUAUGAAAUUUGAUGGGUGUCAAGGAGUUCUGAUAGAAAAACUGUCCAUUUCUUCACCAAAGCUCAGUCCCAACACUGAUGGAAUCCACAUAGAGAAUACUAAAGGGGUUGGAAUAUACAACUCCAUGAUAUCCAAUGGUGAUGACUGCAUUUCAAUUGGGCCGGGCUGUGCCAACGUGGCCAUUGAUGGGGUUACUUGUGGGCCCAGUCAUGGAAUUAGCAUCGGGAGCCUGGGAGUCCACAAUUCUCAGGCAUGUGUUUCCAACAUAACAGUUAGAAACGCAGUGAUUAGAGAUUCAGACAAUGGAGUGAGGAUAAAGACAUGGCAAGGAGGAUCGGGAUCGGUGAGCGAUAUCUUGUUCGAGAACAUACAGAUGGAGAAUGUUAGAAACUGCAUCAUAGUUGAUCAAUACUACUGCUUGUCCAAGGAUUGUCUAAACCAGACGUCGGCUGUGUUCGUCAACCAAGUGUUGUAUAAGAACAUCAAGGGAACUUACGACGUAAGGAAUACUCCAAUUCACUUCGCUUGCAGCGACACGGUGGCCUGCACAAAUAUUACAAUGUCGGAAGUCGAGCUGCUGCCACAUGAGGGCGAGUUGGUGGAAGAUCCUUUCUGUUGGAAUGCAUUUGGCAUUCAAGAGACUUUGACCAUUCCUCCCAUAGAUUGCUUGCAAGAGGGAGAACCUCAGAAUGUUGCAGAGACAUCUGAAUAUAGCUGCUAAAAGUAUUCCAAUGCAAACUCUUAAUAAGAAUAAUAAUACUGUAUACAGUCCCCACAGCAGAACCACCAAAGAGUCAUUUUCUGUAAAUGGGUCUUGUUUGUUAUGGAUUAGGCUCCAACUCCAUCCCUUUCUGGGUUCAUUUUUAAUCCUCCCAUAUUGUGUGAUGUGAUACCCUAUUGUAAAAUGUAGAAUAGAGAUGUGAGGCUCUCGGUUUUGCCCUGUCUA